AAAAAUAAUAAUAAGCAAACUGUUUCCGAACCAAAAAUUUGACGUGUGAUGUGUCAGUCUUACGUCAGUCGGUUGAAAUGUCAAAAUGAUCGCCUUAGGUACAAGCGAUCUAAAUAGAUAAUUUAAACAUUUUCCAACAAUUCGUCUCAAUAAUGGUGCCUUCAUAAUACAAUGAUAGUGACACGUUAGCAUGGAGAAUAAUAUAAUGGAGUUUACAUUGCCGCCAGCCCCACGGGGACUGUGCUUUGACAGAAACGACUUCGUCAAGACGAACUUUUCCGUCGACAAUUUUCUGGCGGAGCAUCAAAAUGUUGCGUCGUUGGAGACAAUGCGAGAUGACCUAGGGGUGUACUUAAAAGUCCUUAGACUGGCUAUGAUAGAGCUAAUUAACAAGGACUACGCUAACUUUGUCAAUUUGUGUGCUACUCUCAUCGGGUUUGACAAGGCUAUAGUAAAAAUACAGGUGCCAUUAGGACAAUUGAAUGAUGAAGUUCUUAGUGUCAAGCAAUGCCUAGAAGAUGCAAUGAAGGAGUUGUCACUGUGGAUGAGCCAGAGGCAUGGCCUACAAAAGAAAAAGCAGCUGCUCAAGCACUAUAGCCAAACAAUAAACUGUCUUAAAACCUUAGAUAGUAUAUUAAAAAAUAUAAGUCAUAAAAAGAGACAAGAACAGGUAGCUCUUGCCGAUCGUGCUGCAAUGCAAUACAAUCAACUCAAGUUUUCCAUAGCAAAGUGUGACAGUAUUUUAAAACCAGAACAUAAAUUACAAUACAAUGAAAUAGGAGGCAAACUGACACAAACACUUAAUGAAUUACUAUUCUACUUUUGGAAUAAUAGUGAAGAAGAGAACCUCUUAAAAAUCCUCAUCACUUUAGCUUCUUUAGACCGAGUAAAAGAGUCUGAAAUGCUAAUUAGAAAGCAAGCGGUUGCACCCCUUCUCCAAGAUAUAAUUAAUGAACCAGCUCUACAGAAAAGUAAAGAAGGACUUCAAGGAAUCUAUGAAAGAAUUUUAUCUUUACUAGACACAAAACUAAAGUUGCUUCUAACUGUAACACAACAUUCCAAACUGUCAUUUCUGGUUAAAAAAUAUAGAUUUCUAGUAAACUGCUUUUGGUGCGAAGUAGAAAAUAGGUUGGAAGUUAAUCUAGCAUCAAUUUUCGCACCUGGUAACCCUCAGAUAUUUUAUAGAAGGUACAGUGAAAGUGUAGAAUUUAUUAAGAAACUUGAGAAUUAUUGUUCUGAAGAAGAUAUGAAGUUGCUGCAUGAUACUUCAGAGUAUAAGAGCUUCCAGAGAAGAUGGAACUUGCCAGUUUAUUUCCAAAUAAGGUUUCAGGAAAUAGCAGGAAGUUACGAGUCGGCGCUUCAGAAGAGCCCUACAGUGGAACCGAACGACGCAUUUGUACUGAGAGAAACACAAAAAUGUUGGAAUGCAAUCCAGGAGUGCUGGUCGGACGGAGUAUACAUCGAAGCCCUGGCCCACAAGUUCUGGAAACUAACUCUGCAACUACUAUCGCGGUAUGCCACGUGGGCUAGCGCGUAUUGUACACAGCGAAUACCAUCACAAAAGUAUGAACCAACAAAUGUAAAUAAAAACUUAAUAGAUAACAGUAUUAACAUCUAUGUGGAUAUACAAAGUUUAUUGAGAAAGUUGCCGCAAUUAUUGGAGCUUGUCAAGACCAAAAUAACUAUUAAAAACAAGGACAUUUUGGGGCAGAGCUUGAACGCUUCAGAGACUAUUCUACAGGGUACGAAGGAGAAAAUAAAAGAUUGCGUAGUCAACGAACUAUAUGAAAAUUUCAAUGUCCAUCUGAAGCAAGUCAGCGACAUACCGCGACUGUAUCGUAAAACUAAUCGUAGCGUACCGAAUAAACCAUGCACGUACAUAGAUGUCGUGUCGAAUGCCUUGAAGGAAUUCAACGAGGAAGCUUCCAAGAAGUUGGAUAAUGCAUUUACCAUGGAACUAUUUGAAUCACUAUUCAACAUCAUGACGGUUUCAUACUACAAGUAUGUAGAGGAUGUUUUAACCUCGGUUCAGAAAACCGAAGAGUCAUUGAGAAGACUGAAGCAAAUUCGAGAGAUGGGUUCCACUCAGAGCAGCGACAGCGCGGGAGUGACGGACGGCGACAAGAUCAGGCUGCAACUGAACGUGGACGUGGUCUCGUACGGGAACCUCGCGCGCACACUCCGCCUCAAUGUAAAUAGUGUUCACAAGUUCCCAGAACUAUCGAGUAUGGUAACAGAUGCUGUAAAAAAUAUAGAUAUUAAAUGAUAUGCCCAGUUGUAUACUAAAGUUUUUUUGUUUAACCUAUAUCAUCUAAUGUAUUAUAAUUAACUAUUUAUUAGAAAUAAAAGAUAUUUAUUUUUAACAUAAACAUGUAUUUGAUCAGCUGAAUAAAAAUUGUAUGAUUUGAAAAAAUAGAAACCAUUCACUUAUCACUUAAAAUAAUUAACAAGAUAAAAUCUUACUAAUACUAUUUGUGUGGAACAAAAUAUUUCAUAAUUGUGUUCGGUUUAGCUUUGUUCGUUCUAGGACUACUUCUCGGCAUCUCUGAGCUAGAGGGGUUUUUCCACAUGGACUUGAGUUCCUUCUGCAUGUCGUUGGGGAGUGCAUUGAACACUUCUUUAUCAACAUAGCUUGGACAGUCAUCACAAUUCUUUUCUUCACAGUCUCUCAUAGUGUCUGAUGUAUCAGACAAGUUGUCUUUUGCGGGACUGGCGCGUGGCGUGAGUGAUCGGUCACGGGAAUUCAGUCUUAGUUCUGACACCUUUUCAAGCUCUUUUGAGUUUAGUCGGAGUUCGCCAACUUUUAAUUUACUUGGAGAUGCAACCUCUUCUUUGGCCAGACAUCUUCUUUUUGCUAUCCAUGUAACUUUUUUGGGUUUUUUUGGUGAUGGCUCAACUUCAGCAUCAGAGAGAUCGGUUGUUGUGCUACUGCUUGGCGACACUGCAGAGUAAUCCAUAGAUGUGGCAGAUGUAUCACAUUCAUUUUGUAAAUUAAGCACAGAUUGGACGGAAAUAUCAUUCAUUAAGUAGUUCACUAUAGACCCCCUGCCUGUCAUGCGCUCUUGGAACUUGGUGAAUGCCAAUCCCACUAAAGUUAAAUGGAAUGGUUUGGUCAAAUCAAUUAACUUGUUAAAUAAUCUCAUAAUUAUGUUCAUCAGUUUCUGCUGGCCUGCCUCUGUCACUGUCAGAGUGCCACUGGUAAGGGUAAAAAUGGAAGGAGAGAUCUGACUCUGUCUUGAUUCUCUGUGACUACUCAGUCUCUUGGCAUCUUUCUUCCGAAGUGUGACCCUCAAAGAGACUGGAAUACGUCCAUCUUCCCUGACUAGGACUAGCAAUCUCUGUAGCAGUGCAGUGAACUUAUCUUCCACCUCACUCCGGACACUAACAAUCUUGAAACUGUCCUCCAGGCCAAUGCUCUGAGGUUUACCCGUCUGUUUUACUGGAGUAUUAUCUUCACCUAUACUUAAACUUUUCAAUCUGACUGCCAUAUCACUACUAAAGUGCUUUUUCAACACAUCAAGGGAUGCCUCCUGUAAGUCACUUACAGUUAUGAUAUUGUUAGAUAUAAGUGCUUCUGCAGUUUUUGAACCAAUACUUGGAAUGGACCGUAUACUCUGUAAAGUGGACAUGAAACUGGUCCCAUGUUCAGGGAAUAUAAUAGUUUGGUCAUUCGGUUUGUUUUGGGGACAAAUUAGUUUAGCUAACAACUUGUUGUGUGCGAUACCAGCGCAAGUUGUGAAACCUAAGUCAUCAAAUAUUUUUUUCCUCAUGUCACUAGCUAUCUGUGAUGUUAUCCUCAGUCUGGUGUGGCAGCCACAGGGGCAGUCUAUACUGGGCUCACUGUACACAUGACCAGCAUGAGAAACAUUGCUACUGUUUACAGAUUUCAUCUUCUCUUGUACUAAAUUUGUGACAUCAAUGUAAUUUUCAUCCAUACCCAACUUCUCCACUGGACACUUCCAACACUGUAAAACUGCAAAUAUCUUAUUAGAAGCAGUUCUGUAGUUGUGCAAAUCUUCACCAUUUACAAGUUUUAAAUUAGGACAAAGUUUUAACGCUUCCGUAACAAGCAUACAUUUCUGCACGCCGUACUUCCUGGCCUCGUAGUUGCUUGUUACGACGAUGUUCUUCUGUUGUAUGCCGAGCGGAACCGACCGCAACUCCGGAUUUAGUACCAUCUCCACUUGUGCAUAGAAACAGUCUACAUCGAUGUGAAUUAUACACCGAGCGUGUUCGCUAUCAACAUCAUUGUAAUGAGAACAGCCAGAUUCCAUAUUCCUGUCCAUGACCGUACCAUUGAAAGAUUAAAUAUAUUUAUUAGUAUGUAUUUAAGCUUUUUGAGUUACAAAUUAGAGCUUUUCUUUCAUAAAUUUCCAAAAUAUUGAUAUUUUAUAUUGGACAAUCACGACACAUCAACAGAAGGAAUGUUAC